AUGGAUUCAAAUGAUGCGACGUACACUUCUCACCACUCUCUCUCCCCUGGCAACACCGCCCUCAUCACCGGCGCCGCAUCCGGAGUUGGUCUCGCUGUCGCAAAGCUCUUCUACCAAAAAGGCAUGAACAUCGCUCUUGCCGACCUUAACGCAUCUGCCCUGUCCAAUGCCCAGAACGCUCUCCUUUCCCCUAGUCAGAGCAAUAGUGCCGCAAGCUCAACGGACACCGCCGUCGCCGCCGGCAUGGUGAAAACUUACACCAUCGACGUCUCCUCCCUCUCGGACUGGAAAGAUCUGAAAGCACAAGUCGGGAUGGAUUUCGGUCUCAUACACGUGCUGAUGCUGAACGCGGGGACGAUGAAGAAAAGUGGGUGGGAGGAUGUUGAGUAUUUCCAAAACCCCACUCCUUCGUCUCUACCAUUCUAUCCUCCAAUGCUAAUGCUUGCCCUCAAGAUCAUGAACACGAAUUACUUCGGCAUCAUAAACGGCAUUUCGACCUUCCUCCCUUCCCUCCGCAAACAAGAGCCUGCAUCCACUUCCAUUAUAAUCACCGGCUCAAAGCAAGGGAUCACAAACCCGCCCGGCAGUCCGGCCUACAAUGCCUCUAAAGCCGCCGUUAAGGCCGUUGCUGAACAUUUAUCGUAUGAUCUACGGGAUACAGGGACGGAUGUGUUCUUGUUGGUGCCAGGGUGGACGUGGACGGGCAUGACUGCCGGGGGGAGGGAUGGAGAGAAGCCCGAGGGGGCAUGGUGGCCUGAACAGGUGGCAGGGUAUUUGGAAAAGAGGAUGGGGGAGAGGAGGUUUUAUGUGAUUUGUCCGGAUGAGGCGGUCAGUGAGGGGAUGGAUAGGAAGAGAGUGCUGUGGAAUGCGGGAGAUUUGGUCGAGGGGAGGCCGCCAUUGAGUCGGUGGAGAGAGGGGUGGAAGGAGGAGGCGGAGAAGUGGAUGAGUGAGCAGCCAGGCUAG